AGAGUGAGGGGAAGAGGGCCGUCUCCCUCCCGGUCUCCAGUUCUUGCACGCUCUUUCUUAGAGAGUCUGCAGUGGGAGAACUCUGCCGGUAACCAGCUCCCCUUCUUGCAGGAGGGAGGGAGAAACAUACAUUUAUUCAUGCCGGUCUGUUGCAUGCAAGCUUCUUGGCUUCCUACCUUGCAACAAAAUAAUUGCACCAACUCCUCAGCGUCGAUUCCGCCCACAGAGAGUCCCGGAGCCAGAGUCGCUUUGGCUUUGCACUGCAGGAAAGGGACUUAGGCGCUAGAGACGAUGUCGCUUUCCUGAGCUACCGCGAGCUCUCGUCAACUGCAUUCGACUGCUUCAGGGAAGGGGGGUAAAGACUUGCCCCGAAGGCGGCGAGAAACUUGCAUUUGGAAGACACUCGGGCCGUCAACGUUCGGAGAAACUCCUAGCCGCGGCCGGCUCCAGCUUCGGCGCCCACAGGGAGUACUGCAGCGGUGAGGGAGGACGGAGGGCCGCGGGGACUCUAGGUCGGCGGCGGCCGGAGGCGGCAGCCCCUGGCCCGUGCGCCGCUCGGGGGACCCUGGUCUCUGCCCCGGGGAGCCCGCAGGGCCCGGCGACCGCGCCGCGAGCGUGUGAGCGCGCGUGGGCGCCCGGCGAUCCGGGGCCAUGGUACAGCAGACUAACAACGCGGAGAACACGGAGGCGCUGCUGGCCGGGGAGAGCUCGGACUCGGGCGCGGGCCUGGAGCUGGGCAUCGCGUCCUCCCCGACGCCCGGCUCCACCGCGUCCACGGGCGGCAAGGCGGACGACCCCAGCUGGUGCAAGACGCCCAGUGGCCACAUCAAGCGGCCCAUGAACGCCUUUAUGGUGUGGUCGCAGAUCGAGCGGCGCAAGAUUAUGGAGCAGUCGCCCGACAUGCACAACGCCGAGAUCUCCAAGCGACUGGGCAAACGCUGGAAGCUGCUCAAGGACAGCGACAAGAUUCCGUUCAUCCAGGAGGCGGAGCGGCUGCGCCUCAAGCACAUGGCUGACUACCCUGACUACAAGUACCGGCCGCGGAAGAAGGUGAAGUCCGGCAACGCGGGCGCGGGAUCGGCGACCACAGCCAAGCCCGGGGAGAAGGGCGACAAGGUCGCAGGCGGCAGUGGCCACGCGGGAAGCGGCCACGCGGGUGGUGGCGCGGGCGGCAGCUCUAAGCCCGCGCCCAAGAAGAGCUGCGGCCCCAAGGUGGCGGGCAGCGCGGUCGGCAAGCCCCACGCCAAACUCGUCCCGGCGGGCGGCGGCAAGGCAGCUGCAUCGUUCUCUCCGGAGCAGGCCGCCCUGCUGCCCCUGGGCGAGCCGACCGCCGUCUACAAGGUGCGGACUCCCAGUGCGGCCACCCCAGCCGCCUCCUCCUCGCCGACCAGCGCGCUGACCACCCCUGCCAAGCACCCAGCCGACAAGAAAGUGAAGCGCGUCUACUUGUUCGGGAGCCUAGGCGCUUCGGCGUCCCCCGUUGGGGGCCUGGGAGCAGGCGCCGACCCCAGCGACCCGCUGGGGCUUUAUGAGGAUGGAGGCCCGGGAUGCUCGCCUGAUGGCCGGAGCCUGAGCGGCCGCAGCAGUGCAGCAUCAUCGCCCGCAGCCGGUCGCUCGCCAGCUGACCACCGCGGCUAUGCCAGCCUGCGCGCAGCCUCGCCCGCCCCGUCCAGCGCGCCCUCGCACGCGUCCUCUUCGCUUUCCUCGUCGUCGUCCUCCUCCUCCGGCUCCUCAUCGUCUGACGACGAGUUCGAAGACGACCUGCUUGACAUGAACCCCAGUUCAAACUUUGAGAGCAUGUCCCUAGGCAGUUUCAGCUCCUCGUCCGCACUCGAUCGGGACCUGGAUUUUAACUUCGAACCCGGCUCAGGCUCCCACUUCGAGUUCCCGGACUAUUGCACUCCCGAGGUGAGCGAGAUGAUCUCGGGAGAUUGGCUAGAGUCCAGCAUCUCCAACCUGGUCUUCACCUACUGAAAGGAGCGCGGGCCGGAGAGAAGGAGGGCCAGAGGCAGGAGAGGAAAAAAGGAAAACAAAAGUAAAACAAAGCAAACAAAAAAAAUUAAAAAGAAAGAAAAAGAAAAAAAAGAGGAAAAAGAGCAGAUGGAGAGUGAAAAGAGAAAGGGUAAGAGAAAAGGAAGAAAAAGUGAGCAGGGCUGGCCUGGACAACGUCCCGUCGUUGGAGAAGGAGCGCGGGGGCGUUGUGGACCCGCGUUACCAUCCCCCACUCCCAGGGCUGGGGACUUGGAGGAGGCGGAGAGUAGACGGGGGCGACCUUUUAUUGUUGUUAUUGAUGUUGUUGGUGGUGGCUAAAAAAGCUACUUCGAGUUUCCUCCCCAUUUUUGCUUGAAGAGACUCCCCCCUCCCUUUCCAACGAGCUUCCGGACUUGGUUGCACCCCCAGCAAGAAAAGAAGCCGAGCUAAGCUUCUAGAGACCGAAGGAAUCUUGCCCCCCUCGCUUCACCACCUUGGUGAUUUCUUGUUUGAUUUUUAUUUUGCCUCUUGGUCAAAAGAGGAGGGGGGAGAUCCAGCGCUCCCCCUCUCCUUCCCACCCCUUCUUUGUAUUUUUUUUUCUUCUUCAUUUUCCUUUUUCUGCAGUGAAGACAGAAGGCUCCGGGGUGAUGUGUUUGGCCAUGGCGUUUGUGUUGGGCUUGGGGGGAGCAUUGGCAUGGAGAGACUCCACGCUGGCGAAGUCCCGGGUUGGGAUUUUUUUUUUCCUUCCUUCUCCCUGUACCCAGAGAUGUACAGGGAGCAGCAGGCCAGCCUCAGAAAUGAACAUGGGGACCUCGUGGAAGCCACAGCCGCCUGGUUGGGGACUCAGAAGAAUCCAGAGCGCAGAGGGCGUUGGGGUCUCAGGACCUCCGCUUGGGUCUGUGCAAAAAUAAAGAAUUAAAAAAUAUAUAUAUCAGAGAGGUGAGGCUACCCAGAGCCGGCGGGAGGAUAGGAGACUGUGGGAUGUGGUCCAGGGGCCUCGGAGUGGUUUCGGGGGGGAAAAGAAAUUUUUUUCUUCUCUUAAUGGGAAUCGUGAUGGUGUUGAGUUAUUUCACUGGUGGGGUUAAUAUAGCAUGUUAUCCUGUCUAUCUUUUGAAGAUUUCUGUAUAAGACUGUUGAGCAGUUUUUAAAAUAGUGUAGGAUAAUAUAAAAAGCGGAUAGAUGGCGCUAUGUUUGAUUCCUACAACGAACCGAUCACCAGCUCCUUUUCAUUCUUAACUCUUUAAAAGGAUUCAAACGCAACUCAAAUCUGUGCUGGACUUUUGAAAAAACACAAUUCAGGACCAAAUUUUUUCUCCGUGUGUGUUUAUUCCUUAUAGGUGUAAUUGAGAAGACCCCUUUAUUUUUACCCCCUCACGGACGCUCCAUCUUUGUAUUUUUUUUUUCUUGUAAAUGUAAUCAGAUGCCAUUUUAUAUGUGGACGUAUUUAUACUGGCCAAACAGUUUUCUUAUUUUGUCCCUUUUUCCCCUUUCUUUUGCUUUCUUGUCUUUUGACCUCAUUUCUUUAUUUUUAUCUUCCCUUUAUUUUCUUUCUUUUUCUUUCUUUUUU